UCGACCCUGAAGGUCCUUACAAAACACCAUCCAGGGUAAGUUUCAGCUAACCACCUUACUCUGAGCUAGAAGCCUGGUACUCCACCCAUCCUGGCAGAAGCCCUGAGGCAGGAAGAGUUCUCUGCCUCCCCUGACUUUUACUGAUGUCCUCAACUCUGGAUUGAGCUCAAAUCCCUCUGCUUCUGACUUUGGAUGCUUUAGCCAUUUAAUGGGAAUAGUUACUAAUGGUUAGCAGGGGAGACAGCCUAUACUGUUGACAGGUUUCUGUGCCAUAGAAAGAAAUGUUCAUGUGGCCAGCACUGUAAAAGCAAGUGUCUUCGUUAAUAAGUGGGAGAAAGCUAGGAGCUCUUUCGGGAGGGAUGUCUUGUCCUGUGUCCUUAUUUCUUCCCUCAUAACGCGAUCUUUCCCACUUUCAGCCCCACAGGCGCCGAUACUUUUUGGUUUUGAGUCAGGGUAUGGCCAUGUGGACCAUUGUAACCUGUAUGUAAUUCAUGGCACUCCUACCUCAACCUCCCGAGUGCUGGGAUAACAGGAAUAUAACGCGAAGCUAGACAUUGCCUGCUUUAUUGUGUUACAUCAGUCCGUAGAUGUUGCAGACAUCUGUCUUUGGCUUCAGGAGAGUAAGAAAGUCUAGCUUGAUGUCUGCAGCACAGUUCUCUCCGUACAUGAAGAGAACAGAUGUCUGUCCUGGAAAUGCUGUUUUAAGAUCCUUUACCUUCUCCACUAGCCGUGCUGGGCCCUACCUAGUAAAUAUAUGAGGAAUACCAAACCACAGGGCAAGUGGGGUUGCCCGGUGUCUGACGAGGUUGUCUGGGGCCGCGGGCUCGACACUACAGUUCCCAACAGGCUUUGCGCGUGUCUGGGGCGGGACAUCCGCGAAGAGGGGCAGGCACUCAUGGCGGGCCCGGUGAAGGACCGCGAGGCCUUCCAGAGACUCAGCUUCCUAUACCAGGCAGCACACUGCGUCCUCUCGCAGAACCCGGAGAACCAGGCGCUGGCGCGGUUUUACUGCCACACGGAGAAGACCAUCGCGAAGCGGCUGGUCCUGCGGCAGGACCCCUCGGUGAAGAGGACGCUCUGUCGCGGCUGCUCCUCUCUCCUCAUCCCGGGCCUCACCUGCAUCCAGCGCCAGAGACGCAGAAAGGGACAGCGCUGGACAGUACAGACCUGCCUGACAUGCCAGCGCAGCCAGCGGUUCCUCAAUGACCCCAAGCAUCUGCUCUGGGGUGACCGGCCUGAAGCCCAACUGGAAAAUCAGGCAGAUUUCAAACCAUCAGAGCCCCUGCCAAACAUAGCCCACCUCCCUAAGGAGAACGCGCAGCCUCAGGCUUCAAACACCAGUGAUGAAUUCACUCCAUUUUCCAGAUAAAUAAAAGUUGAAUUUUGUUUGA